GCCGCCCUCGGUGCCCUCCUCCGUCCUCCUUCCCUGUCCCUCUUCCCUUCCCUUUCCCCGCCUUCCCUCCUCCCUCCCGCGCGUCCGCCAUGCCCGGCCCGGCGGCCGGGAGCAGGGCCCGGGUGUACGCCGAGGUCAACAGCCUGAGGAGCCGGGACUACUGGGACUAUGAGGCGCACCUCCCCGGAUGGGGUAAUCAGGACGAUUACCAACUAGUUCGGAAGCUGGGUCGGGGAAAGUACAGUGAAGUUUUUGAGGCCAUCAACAUCACCAAUAACGAGAGGGUGGUUGUGAAGAUUCUCAAGCCAGUGAAGAAAAAGAAGAUAAAACGAGAGGUAAAGAUUCUGGAGAACCUACGCGGUGGAACCAACAUCAUUAAGCUGAUUGACACGGUGAAGGAUCCUGUGUCAAAGACCCCCGCUCUGGUGUUUGAAUACAUCAACAACACAGAUUUUAAGCAACUCUACCAGAUCCUGACAGACUUCGAUAUCCGGUUUUAUAUGUAUGAACUGCUAAAGGCCCUGGAUUACUGUCACAGCAUGGGGAUCAUGCACAGAGACGUCAAACCCCACAACGUCAUGAUAGAUCACCAACAGAAAAAGUUGCGACUCAUAGACUGGGGACUGGCAGAGUUCUAUCAUCCUGCUCAGGAAUACAAUGUCCGUGUGGCCUCUAGAUACUUCAAAGGACCAGAGCUCCUCGUGGACUAUCAGAUGUAUGAUUACAGCCUGGACAUGUGGAGUUUAGGCUGUAUGUUAGCCAGCAUGAUCUUCCGGAAGGAACCCUUCUUUCACGGUCAAGACAACUACGACCAGCUUGUCCGCAUUGCCAAGGUCCUGGGCACAGACGAGCUGUAUGGGUAUCUGAAGAAAUAUCACAUAGACCUGGACCCUCACUUCAAUGAUAUCCUGGGACAACAUUCGCGGAAGCGCUGGGAAAAUUUUAUCCACAGUGAAAAUAGACACCUUGUCAGCCCCGAGGCCCUGGACCUCCUGGACAAACUGCUGCGUUACGACCAUCAACAGAGGCUGACUGCCAAAGAGGCUAUGGAACACCCGUAUUUCUAUCCAGUGGUGAAGGAGCAGUCCCAGCCCAGCUCAGACAAUGCUGUGCUCUCCAGUGGUCUGACAGCAGCUCGAUGAAGACUGGAAAACGACGGGUAAUUCGAGAUUGAUGCUUACCAAUAAACCAACCAACCAAAAAAAAAGUCUUGAAGGAAAACUCCAGUGUGAUAUAAGAAAUUCUGAUAACUCCUCCUAAAUGCAAAGAAGAGUAAAGAACUAAAAACCUUUCUGUCAAAAAAAAAAAAGAAAAAGAAAAAAAAAAUCAGUGAACAAGGAACUGCUAUCUUGACAGUUUGACCGUAAAGUUUAGGGCCCAGGUAAAGAUUUCUCUCCAUUGGAAUGAAUGGGAGAUGAGAGACUCAGACUUGUUGUAAUGCAAGUUUUAUUUAACAGGAAGCGACUGUUGAAUUAGCCAACUCAAACCAACAAACUCUGACCAUCUGAUUUCCUAUCUAUUCCACUGUGGUCUGGGUUUCAUUCUGUGGGAUCCAGGCUCGAGUUUUAGCAAAAUGUCAGCUUCCACUGACGCACCAGCCUCAUUUAUCAAAAGGAGAUAUUAAAACAGUGACAGUAUUUCUUUUUUUUUUUUAAGCUGUUUUACAAAUUCAUGUUUUAUGUACUUAUGGUGUGAGCGCUGUGGGGGACUGUACCUCAUCACUGCAGUUUUCCUUUAAGUCUCUCAGCAUAUGAAAGUGAACUAGAACGCCUAUUGCAAAAAAAAAAAAAAUCCUCUUUGGUAUCAGCUGACGUCACCGAAACCUUGGGUCGUCAGUUACCAGGGACCACGAUCUUGUCAAAAGUUACGUAGGGGUUGACUGGGGGAGGUGUUGGUCCAGGGCUCAGGACAUCUCCAUAAGUCCUUCUUUUUCCUUUUUGGUUUAGCCAUUUUCCACAAUACUGGCCGAGAGAAGCACCAUUUUCUUGCCAGACUGUGUGUGCACCUGUUAUCAAUUCAUAGUAUUGAAACAUUCAUUUACCACCAGACAUAAGAAUGGAAAGUUUGUACCUCAAAAUUGGAACAAAAGAAUAGUGAUCCCAAAUAGUGUAUUCAGGAAAUAUUGGGGGGGAUCAAGGAAGUGAAGACCAGGGAAUCUAUAGGCUUCUUUGCUUCUUCUUUUCUCCCAUAGGGGAAACCGUUUCCCCUAGAAGUCUGGGAAGUGAAUACUUUUGGGCUCUGAUUUAAAGGACAAGUAACCGUGUAAUGUAAUACAUGGAUUACAUGCUGUGAUCUGUGCAGAGCAAAUCUCAUCGUUCAUGCGUGAGAGUCUGGAGUGCUGUGGGGAAAAAAAAAUGCCCUGAGGAAGCAGAAGGCACCCAGGAGGAAAAGGAGGAGGAGGAGGAGGAAGGGAAAGAAGAAGAGGAGGAGGUGGAGCGGGGCUGGGAUACAUGAAGCGAUCGGGGGAGGUGAAAUUAGGGAUAAGGCAGGGGAAGUGAGCCAUUGCAGAGCAUGGAUCCAAGACAGUGGCCCCCAAGCGAUAGCAGAUAAGCUAGAUUUUUGUCGUUCAGGGCAGUUAUUUCAUUUUAGGGAUGCUCCCUCACGAGUUAUCACCAUCCCGGUCCAACUCCAUUAGCCCCAUUGAUCACAGAAGCCUCCCGUGGGUCCCAGCUGGGAAUCUGGCCAGAGUCCGUGGAGACGUCAUUAAACCUUAGGGCAGAGCUACAAGUGCAAACCACCAGUACCACACAUUAGGACUUCUUUUAUUAACUAUUUAAUAAUGCCAUACAUUUUUAUAUGGUUAGAUUGUUUGUUUGAAACAUCUGUUUACAUUCCAUAUUCCAAUAAAAUCAUAUUGGUAUUGG